UCACACUGGCGGCGUCUGUUCAAUGAAUUUUUUUUAGCGCGUUGACAGCCAGAACUGUGAAAAUCCAUCAAACUACGUGGAAUUACGCUAAAUAUCUCGAAUUAAGGGUCACAGGAAGAUGUCGCAUCACUACGUGGUGACGGCGCAGAAGCCGACGGCUGUUGUUGCUUGCUUGACCGGAAACUUUACUUCGCCCACGGACCUCAAUCUGAUAAUUGCGCGAAACAAUCAGGUGGAAAUCGAUCUCGUCACACCGGAGGGCCUGCGUCCGCUCAAGGAGAUCAACAUAAAUGGCACCGUUGCGGUAAUGCGCCACUUCCGUCCGCCGGACGGCAACAAGGAUCUGCUCUUUAUUCUGACGCGCCGCUACAAUGUCAUGAUCCUAGAGGCUCGAAUGGUCAACGACGUUAUCACCGUCGUCACCAAGGCCAAUGGCAAUGUGUCCGACCCGGUGGGUAUUCCAUCAGAGGGUGGCGUGAUUGCCGCCAUCGAUCCGAAGGCCCGGGUCAUAGGAAUGUGCCUUUACCAAGGACUAUUCACCAUUAUACCGAUGGACAAGGAGGCCAGCGAGCUAAAGGCCACCAAUUUGCGCAUGGACGAGUUGAAUGUUUACGACGUGGAUUUUCUGCACGGCUGCCUUAAUCCUACCGUCAUUGUCAUCCACAAGGACAACGAUGGGAGGCAUGUGAAGUCACACGAGAUUAACUUGCGCGAAAAGGAGUUCAUGAAGAUAGCCUGGAAGCAGGAUAAUGUGGAAACGGAGGCAACAAUGCUAAUUCCGGUGCCAUCGCCCAUCGGCGGGGUGAUCGUAAUUGGCAGGGAAUCGAUCGUUUAUCACGACGGCAGUAACUACCAUGCGGUCGCGCCCCUCACAUUCCGGCAGAGCACCAUAAAUUGCUACGCUCGGGUGGAUAGCAAGGGAUUGCGCUAUCUGCUGGGCAACAUGAACGGCCAGUUGUACAUGCUGUUCCUAGGCACCUCUGAAACCCCGGGCAAAGGCAUAACCGUGAAGGAUAUCAAGGUGGAACAACUGGGGGAGAUCUCUAUUCCUGAGUGCAUUACUUACCUGGAUAAUGGGUUCCUCUACAUCGGCGCCCGCCACGGCGACUCUCAGCUGGUGCGCCUCAGUUCGGAAUCUAUUGACGGCUCCUACGUCAUACCAGUGGAGAACUUUACGAACCUGGCGCCCAUUCUGGACAUUGCUGUCGUGGACCUGGAUCGCCAGGGACAAGGGCAGAUCAUCACGUGCUCGGGUAGCUUCAAAGACGGAUCGCUGCGCAUUAUUCGCAUAGGGAUUGGGAUCCAGGAGCACGCGUGCAUUGACUUGCCCGGCAUUAAGGGCAUGUGGUCACUGAAAGUGGGCAUCGACGACAGUCCGUAUGAGAACACCCUGGUGCUGGCCUUUGUGGGACACACGAGGAUUCUGACGCUGUCUGGCGAGGAGGUAGAGGAGACGGAGAUUUCCGGAUUUGCCAGCGACCUGCAAACGUUCCUCUGUGCCAAUGUGGACUAUGAUCAGCUGAUUCAAGUCACCUCGGAUAGUGUGCGCUUGGUGAAGAGCGGAACCAAGGCUUUGGUGGCCGAAUGGCGGCCCGACGGCGAUCGUUCGAUUGGCGUUGUCUCAUGCAACACCACACAGAUUGUGGUGGCCUCCGCACGCGACAUCUUCUAUAUCGUCAUUGAGGAUGGAAAACUGGUGGAAAAAUCUCGCAAGACUUUGGCCUACGAGGUGGCUUGUCUGGACAUUACACCACUGGAUGAGACGCAAAAUAGUUCAGAUUUGGUGGCCGUGGGCUUGUGGACGGAUAUAUCGGCUGUGAUCCUGUCACUGCCCGAUUUGGAGACCAUCUAUACCGAGAAACUAAGCGGAGAGAUUAUUCCGCGCUCUAUUCUGAUGACCACCUUCGAGGGAAUACACUAUUUGCUGUGCGCUUUGGGCGAUGGCUCCAUGUAUUACUUCAUUAUGGAUCAAACCACCGGGCAGUUAACGGAUAAAAAGAAGGUGACUCUUGGCACGCAGCCCACAACACUGCGUACCUUCCGCUCCUUUGCCACGACGAAUGUGUUUGCCUGCUCCGAUCGCCCCACUGUGAUUUACUCAUCCAAUCACAAGCUGGUAUUCUCCAACGUCAACUUGAAGGAGGUCAAUCACAUGUGCUCCUUGAAUGCCCAGGCCUAUCCUGACAGCUUGGCGCUGGCCACCAAGAACUCCGUAAUCUUGGGUACCAUCGAUGAGAUCCAGAAGCUGCAUAUUCGAACGGUGCCGCUGGGCGAGGGUCCCCGUAGGAUUGCCUAUCAGGAGGCAUCUCAGACCUUUGCAGUGUCUACGCUUCGCAUUGAUGUUCACGGAAGAGGCGGGGCCAAGCCAUUGCGAAACAGUGCCUCGACGCAAGCGCAGAAUAUUACCUGUAGCUCGAACAUAUUGCCCAAGCCGGGCGGUGGCAACUCCACGGCUGCCAACGCGGAGGUGGGCCAGGAGAUCGACGUGCACAACCUGCUGGUAAUAGACCAGAACACGUUCGAAGUGCUGCACGCCCACCAGUUUGUGGCGCCUGAGACCAUAUCGUCGCUAAUGUCCGCCAAGUUGGGCGAUGAUCCCAAUACGUACUAUGUGGUGGCCACAUCGCUGGUCAUACCCGACGAGCCGGAGCCCAAGGUGGGCAGGAUCAUCAUUUUCCAUUACCACGACAACAAGCUCACCCAAGUGGCAGAGACGAAGGUGGACGGCACCUGCUACGCCCUGGUUGAGUUCAAUGGAAAAGUGCUGGCCGGAAUCGGCAGCUUCGUGCGCCUCUACGAGUGGACCAACGAAAAGGAGCUGCGCAUGGAGUGUAAUAUCCAAAACAUGAUUGCCGCCCUGUAUCUGAAGGCCAAGGGCGACUUCAUCCUAGUUGGGGACCUGAUGCGGUCCAUCACUUUGCUGCAGCACAAGCAGAUGGAGGGCAUAUUUGUGGAGAUCGCCCGAGACUGUGAGCCCAAGUGGAUGCGGGCCGUUGAAAUCCUGGACGAUGACACCUUCCUGGGCUCUGAGACGAAUGGUAAUUUGUUCGUGUGCCAGAAGGAUAGUGCUGCCACCACGGACGAGGAGCGCCAGCUGCUGCCGGAGCUGGCUCGGUUUCAUCUGGGAGAUACUGUCAACGUUUUUCGCCACGGAUCUCUGGUGAUGCAGAACGUCGGCGAACGGACCACGCCGAUCAGUGGCUGUGUGCUGUAUGGAACCUGCAACGGGGCUAUUGGCAUUGUCACCCAAAUCCCGCAGGACUUUUACGAUUUCCUGCACGGCCUCGAGGAGCGGCUGAAGAAGAUCAUCAAGUCGGUAGGAAAAAUCGAGCACACCUACUACCGUAACUUCCAAAUCAACACCAAAGUGGAGCCCAGCGAGGGAUUUAUUGACGGAGAUCUGAUUGAGAGCUUCUUGGAUUUAAAUCGCGAAAAUAUGCGCGACGCCGUCCAGGGACUGGAGCUAACACUGAAUGGCGAACGAAAGGGAGCGGAAGUGGAGGAUGUCAUUAAGAUAGUCGAGGACCUAACGCGCAUGCAUUGAAGUUCUCUUUGUAAAUAAGUAUUGGAUAAAGAGCCGUCACCACACGCGAAUAAUUCAAACUUACAUGAAGCCUUGGUACCAUGUAUCCCUUUCAACACCUCAAAUGGUUCUCUCACAACUAUUCGUUCUAACAGCUGCGUCUGUCGUUCCGCUCGGCAUUUCUCGAGUUCUUCGUUCGUGUUUGCCCCUUACAAAUAUUGACAAAAAUGUAGCAAAGAAAAUAAAUUGUUUUCAAAGUGCGCGGCACGCGCUCUUUCAAAGUUGCGCCACAGUCACUAAAUAAUUUAAUAAAAAAUAUACAUUUUUUAAAUGGGA